AAAUAAUUGGAAACUGUCAAAUUAAAUCAGCUGUCUUCUGCCGUAAACAUAUUGUCAUUUUCUAUCUUUGAAGUUGAGUUUAGGUUAUCUUUAUAAUGUUGUAGUGUGCAUUUUAUUUAUAGAUAUCAAUUGUUCUUGCUUUUCACCGAAAUAAGCAAACAAGUUACAUACUAGGUUUACAUGAGCGAUGGGUACUAGGAUACUACAACGGAUUCUAACUCCUGCAGUUAACUGCAUAAGAAGCAAUCAUCAAAAUGUCUUGAGUCGUAAUGUUAUUAGGGAAGAAAGAGUUAUUUACGCAAAUGUGGUGAAUUUUACUGUAGUAAGAAAUUAUGCUAAAAGCAAAGACAAAGGGAAGGACAAGAAAGGUAAAGGAGGUAAAGUAGAAGUAAACAUAGCGGCAAUAUCCGAGGUGGUUCCAGUGGAUAAGAUGAAAGAAAGGUGCAAUGCAGCUAUUGAGAGAAUGAAAGAAGAUUUUGCCAAGAAUCUGUCUCUUAGAUCUACCACAGGUUCAAUGGAAUCGUUGAUGGUAAAAUUUGAAGGCAAAGAUUAUGAGUUACAGGAACUAGCACAGAUAGUCCGCAAAAAUCCUAAAACUAUCGUAAUCAACUUUUCUUCCUUUCCUCAAGCCAUACCAAACGCAUUAAAGGCCUUACAGGGCUCUGGUCUGAAUUUGAAUCCGCAGCAAGACGGAACCACAUUGUAUGUUCCAGUGCCAAAAGUCACAAAGGAACAUAGAGAAGCACUGGCAAAGAAUGCCAAGGCAUUGUACAUAAAAUGUAGAGAUUCAGUAAAGGAUGUGCAAGCAGACUUUAUUAAAAAAGUUAAGAAACAAAGCAGUAUAUCUGAAGAUUUAGCAUUUAAUGUAUCCAAACAGAUCAAUGCAAUUUGUGAAGAAUAUCAGAAUGAAGCUAAGCACAUUUAUGAUGUGAAACAUAAUGAGCUAGUAGGAAAAUAGAAAGAUACAUUUAAUUCAACAUUGAAAAUAAAAAAAAACUGUCUUUUAGCAUUUAAAUGUAAGGAAUUGUUAGUAAGUUAGUAGUGGCUCAAUAAAAAUAAACUGUAUGAA